AAAUUCAUUUCCAGAUUGAUUCGUUUUUCGUUUUAAGCUCCAUAAAUCCGAAAUUAUAUUAUAAUCUAUUGGUCAUAUAUUUAAUAUUGCGCAUAUAUUUCGUAUAUAAACGCAAAAUUCAUAAUGUCUACUGGUGCCUCCACUUUGCGUAGUCUCAUCGAUUUAGCAAUUGGAAGUCCAGAUCCGGGACAUGUCAACUUCUUUGCCUUACACUGUGUUCUUAUUACUCUGGCUGAGAAAUUGAAUAUUGCUGACCAGCAACUUGAUAUGGACAAAUUUUCAUCAUAUGAUUUUUCACAGAAGACCAUCAGUCGUCUUGACUAUCGACCGGGACGUCUUAGAAAGAGAGGUGGUGGUCCUGAUACAUCAGUUGAAGAUGUCGAAGAAGAGGAUGUUCAAAAUGAGUUAGCUGAGAAGACAACAGUUACAACCGUUGAGACAGUUGAAAAGCCUGCUCCAGAACCUGAACCAGAUAUUAUAACCAAUUUAGAGGCUCAAGAAUCAAGUACCGUAAAUGAAACCAUUGAAACAUUAGACAAAUUCUCUAUGCUAGAGACUGGUACAUUUAAUGAUUCAUUAUAUGACGAUAAAAGUAUGUCAUUAUCGAGACCCUUUGUACGGAAUGGACUUACUUAUAAACUUGAGGCUGGAUUAAUUGGAGUAAAAAAUCAAAUGGAUGUAGUGAUUAUGCUUUUACGGUUAUUGUUCGCAAUGGGAGUUAACAAAAAGAAUACUCCUGAAAAUAUUCGGGAAUUCAAUGCAGCAAUUCACAACUUACGUGCUCUUCAAAGGGAAAACUUUUUCAUUGGUCGUUUAUCACGCCACAGCAUUCUGGACAGCCCAUAUUACUUAGACUAUGGCGAAAACUAUGAAGGCGAAGAAUAUCUAGGUAGUUCUUAUCAUUCAGAUGAAACAGAAGAUUACGCUUCAGAUGAUCUCGAUCUUACGGAUCAUUUACCAUAUCCCACAGAUAGAUUUGCUGAAGAAUGGUUUAAAUUAAAAGCACAACUAUGUACUUUAAAGAAAAAACUUGAUACUUUAUGGGAUUUGUUUCAACAGUAUGAGCAAGAACGUAAAAAAUAUCCAAUGAAGGACGUCAUGAAAGCUCUUGACGACCUCAGAACAGAGAUUUUCGUAUUACGUGCUAUGCAACAUGAAACAAAUAUAAAAGUUCAGGACAACGCAGAUAAUAUAGCCAAAAAUAAAUCAAGCAUCGAAGAAUUAGAUGAAAAGAAAGUAGAUAUUAAAGAAUAUGUAAUUCAAAUGGCAGAGAAAGUCAACUUUGCGCAAUUAAAACGUAAAGUUUCCAUUGAGACAAUCAUGGAAAUACGUUGCUGUAUUGAGAAGAGGAUAAAUGAACUCGCAAACGUUAUUAGCGGAAAAGAGUUUACUAUAAUGCAAAGAAUUCAGCAAAUGGAUGAAGAGAUUGGACUUAGAGCAGUGGAGCGCGUGCUUACUAUUUUCAGGACAGAAAUUGAUACCGAAGUGGCUGAAAUUAGAAAGUUAGUAACGGACUUCCUUGACUCUACAAAUGAUGAUUGUGCCGCUGCUGGAGGUCGUUUUAAGGUUCUUAAGAAUCUCGCUUGCAUAUCCUGUGAAAAUCCAUGCGUCAUGCGUGCUGUGGAAUGUAAGGUAGGAAAAAUGGAAACAACACCACCAUUUGAAACUAUUGCGCCAGUCGUUGCCUAUCAACUUGAUCAAGUGCGUAAGAAGGGUGUGGCUGGUCACCUACGAGAAGAAGCUCUUGCUACAGCUUGGAUGUACCGAAAAACCGAAGCGUUUACUCCUGACUGUAACCGACGUGUAGGUGGCCCACAUACAGUCAUCACAGUAAAAGAUCGCAUAGAGAAGAUUUUGAACAAUCCCAAAAUUGUUUAAAACAAUUUGAUUAUCAAAAUUUAUGUAAUAUUCAGCUGCACUCGAAUUUAAUCCAAACUAAAUUAAUAAUUAAAUUCAACAGUUGAGCCAAAAAAAUUAACAAAAUAAAUUGACGUCAGAAAAA